CCCCCCUCGUUCUUUCUCUUCCUUCCCCUCCUCGCAAUACAAAGACGCACUCCCCCCGGCGCCUCUUGAAUUUCGCGGGCUAGGAGGAGUCUUUCCAGUGGUUUAUUAAUUUGCUUCUCCCCGGGCGGUUUUUGUUUGAAUCCUGAACUGUUUACCCAUGGUGCCACGUUCCGCUCCUCCCCUCGCCCCGAACGCCGCAAAAUUGAAGACACGUCCGCUCCAUGUCGACAGCUUCUAGCCAGUCUCGAGGCGUUAACCGACGGAUUAACAGCCUCCAGAAUGACGUCCGCCACUCGCGCAACCUUUCGGCCUCCUCCCGCAAGCGCCCCGUGAAUUCAUCCACGGCCUACAACUAUGCCCUCCGGGUGGCUUAUCUCGUCUAUCUCCUUCAACCUCGUAUGCGCCGGUCUCAGACUGCGCCAGCCCCUCAGCAGCGGCCCAAGAGAGCGACCACUUUCCACGAUCUUAUGAGUGAUUUCUCGCUGGUCCGCGAUUCCAAGAGCACGAGGUUCCCCCAUGGCUUCAUAUCGGAACUGGAGAAGCGGUUGACGGGGAUCCUGACAAAGAAGGAAAAGAGGAAGGAGUACCAGGACCCGUUGGUUGUUAGGACAUUCGCUGCCUUCCUCAACGCCUUGAAAGACCAGUCAUUCAAGAAGCGCAUGGAGAAGGACCGACGCGCGGAGGACCUGGUCUUGAUCUUCUAUUCGAAUGCCACCAAGGAGCUGAGCAAGGGCAAGGACCCGGAUGAUGACCACUGGAAGUUCAUGGUGGACAGGCAUGUCGCUCUUUUCGUCCGCCUGUUUGCGCUGAUUUUGAAGAACAACGACUGGGCAAAAGACCGCCCGGACUUGGCAAACCGACUGUCAGUCUUGGAGAACAAGCUUCUUUCUCAGGAUCAGGAUCUGGUGGAAACGAACGGCACGUCAACCGUGGAAGUCCUGGCCCCGCUGAGCUAUGAUGUGAAGGACAUGCACCUCGUUCAACAUGUGGCGAGGAUAUUCGGCAUGAGCACUACUCAAGUGCAGUCGGACAUCGAUAAACACCGAGGUGUCUGGACGGCACAGGCGGCUAUCAAAGACCUGAAAGCCUACCAGGCUCAUUUGAACCUCAACACUCGGAAAACGCUAUCAAAGGAGGAUUUCGAGAACGAAGAGGCGUAUGAGCAUUGGAAGAAAAGCGAAGGCCCUGAUCUGUCCCAGAUGAUGCUUGCCAUCAUGCAAUCAAAUCCCGAAACUGCCAAAAGCACCCCCGGCUCUCUUCCAAAAUUCAACGCAAACGCUGGCGAUAGUAGUAACCUUGAUGCGGCUCAUGGGGAGCUAUCAAGAACAAACUCCGAUAGACCGAUAUCCUAUGUUAUUGACCAGCCCAUUGAUCUUAGUUCGUUGUCGCUGAGCGAGGACGUUACCAAUGAAUCGGACGAGUCGGAUACGUAUACCUAUAUACCACCGGAUCCGCGUUCAAUGUACAGAUACAUCCUGUCCCAAACAUUGAGCCAUGACCUUAGGGAUCGCGACAUCGAAGCUACACCCGAAGCCCCCUCGCUGAAGCUCCUUUCGAAGCAAUCGUCGGAGCUCUUGAAUGAGAUCUGCCUGCGAUGGCGGCUGCCCAGCUUCUCCAGGGUAGCACUCUUCUUGGAUGUUGCGCGAUCAAAGUUUGUCGACAACGAGAUCGACCUUGACACCCUUGACUCAGCAUUUACAUUUGUCAAGGAGAUGCCGUCGGAUGGUAAAAAACGCAGCAGCUUCAUGGCUUCGGUGGUCUUCGACCGGCAGAAGUGGACCAUUUCCGAUCUUCUCUUGAUGCGUCAAAUACUCUCCUCCCUGCAUGAAGCUUUACUGCGGGAGCUAUAUGAUGUUAUGAUGGAUUGCUUCGAGGCAAAACCCCGUCCACUCGGCCCCGUAAUGUACGUCCUAGAGAACCAUAUUCAACUGGACCCCGACUACACGGAAGAUUCAGAAGAUAUGGAUCGCUUCUGCUCGUAUGUGCAGGACGGGCUUGCGCAAAAGGCCACGGAGAAGUACCAAGCGCUUCUCGGGCAGGAAGUCCCGGUGGAGCAAGAAGCGUGGGAGCUAAACCACAUCAUUCAGCUCUGUGAUGCUAUUUCGAAACUGGGCCAAAAGAUUCGAAAGCGCUAUAGACACAACCCAGAGAUCAUGGGGGUGAAUCCUUACACAACGCUGCUCUCAAAUGUGCUCCCUAUCUUCGCUGAAGAUGCCCACGAAAUGGUCGUGAGGAUUCUCGAGCAGGAAAAGAUCCAAGGCGAAGAAAUUGCGAUGGAGGAUGGAUUCGACCUCUAUAAGCAAUUGACGUCUAUUCGCUCUCUUUUCACGGAGGCGCUCCCAGAUGUCCCAUUCCCAUUCCGUGUAGAAGACCUGCUGGAAGAUUUUGUGUGGCGAUGGAUCCGUUUAACCGACCAGAAGGUCAUGGACUGGGUCGAACAGGCGAUCAGACAGGAUGCGUUCACUGUGCGAGCCGAUGACCCCGCGGAUGUGGUUCCUGAAGACUAUCGGCACAGCGUCUCCGUCAUCGAUAUCUUCCGUACCUUCAACCAGGUGGUGGAGCAGAUGAUCUCACUCGAGUGGGAUGAUGACCUCCAGUAUGCCAAGGUCAUGACUGCGUUGUCCAAGUCGAUCGGGAAGGGGCUCUGGAGAUAUUGCGAAGCAUUGGAACAAAUGUUUGCCAAAGAAAUGGAUCGACUUUCCCCGGAUCAGGAAGCUGCCAUGAACCAGACGACCCAGGAGAAGUUGAUGCAAAUUGCCAAGGAGGCCUGGGCAAGCAAAGAAAAGAUCGAGCCGUUCCAGUUCUUUCCCGAGUCUUUGGUAAAGCUCAACAAUAUCGAACAUGCGCUUUCUCAAUUCGACAAACUCGAGCAUGAAAUCAAUGUCGACGGAUGUGCGGACGUUAUAACGCAGCACGCCCCUCCGCAGAUCCAGCAAAAGCUACGCAGAUCGACCACCUACGUAUUCACCAUCAAGAUCGUGGAAGCUGAAGACCUAAAGGCUUGCGACAUGAACGGAGGCAGUGAUCCUUACGUCGUAUUGGCGGAUGAAUAUCAGAAGCGCAUUGCCAAGACUCGAAUCAUCUAUAACAAUCUUAACCCACGAUGGGAUGACACCGUCGACAUCACCACGCAGGGGCCGCUGAAUAUCAUUGCCACCAUCUGGGAUUGGGACGCGGUGGGCGAUCAUGACUACGUGGGCCGAACUUCCAUCAAAUUGGACCCGGUGCAUUUCAGCGAUUUUCUGCCGCGGGAGUACUGGCUGGACUUGGACACCCAAGGCCGACUGCUUUUGCGGGUCAGCAUGGAGGGUGAGCGAGAUGACAUUCAAUUCUACUUCGGCAAAGCGUUCCGUACACUGAAGCGCACCGAGAGAGAUAUGACACGCAAAAUCACCGAGAAGUUGUCCGCAUACAUCAGCCAUUGUUUGUCGCGCCGAACUCUGAAGUCUCUACUCUCUCAAAAAUUGAGUAUAUCCAGCGUAUCCAACUUCCUUAAUCGAAACCGGGCACAGUCUUCCACUACCACGCCAUCCAGUGCGGACGUGGAAAACGCACUGACGCCGCUCUUUGACUACUUUAAUGACAACUUUGCAAUCAUGAACAAAACACUCACUUCGGAAGCCAUGAAGAUGGUCAUGGCUCGCUUAUGGAAGGAGGUGCUGAGCACCAUCGAGAGCUUACUGGUGCCUCCUCUAUCCGACAAGCCGUCACACCAGAAGCCUCUCACGAUGCAGGAGGUCGACAUCGUCUCGCGUUGGCUCGUACUUCUCUUGAACUUUUUCCAUGCAAUCGACGAUGAGACCGGCGAAGCCAAUGGCGUCUCGAUCGACAUCUUGAAGUCGCCCAAAUACCACGAGAUCCAGACCUUGAACUUCUUCUAUUUCGAACCCACCGAAACCCUUAUUCGGACGUCCGAGCGGAUGGCAUCGGCAACAAUCUCGCGCCAGCAAGCAAGCAAAAACCGCGCAUCCGCACCGCCCCAUAUUGGAUCGAGUGGCACGGGCAGCGUUCUGGGGCUUCCCAGCCAACGACGAGCCAAGAGCAUUAUGCUCUCCCGGAACCUGGGCACAAUGCGGAAGAUGAAGGAAGAGAAGCGGCGUGAAGCCCAAGCGGAGCCCAACGACGACAUGAUUCUGCGCAUCCUCCGUAUGAGACCGGAGGCAGCGGGCUACCUGCGCGACCGAAGCCGGCAGAAGGAGAGACUCGCGGCGGCUGCGGCGGCCGACGCCAUUGUGAAGCAGAGUCUAAUGACGGGGGGAGGACGAAUGACGGGAACUCUGGGACGACGGUAACUCUUGAAUUAAAGCCUCCAUAGUAACGUUACUUGCCGCAUUUUCGCAUUCCUUUCUUUUUUUGUCUGUUGUUUUUCCUUUCUUGUCAUGAAGCUGCGCGUCCGAGCAUCGUUUGGCUAUUCCGGUACUAGCAUGAUGAUUCCCGAUUCUGGUCUGCUUUUUUCUUGCGACGUUACGAUUGUUUCUUGUGCCUGCCAGGUUGUAUCCAGCUACGGAUUUGCAGUGCUUACCUAUAAUGAAUUAUUUAAUCGAGG